UGUUAAGCAAAUGUUCAUAUUUUCUUUUGCACCAACAUAAACAAUUGACAGGUUGUAUUCUCCGCUGUUCUUGUGGCGAGAGCCAUGGCCCUCCCGGACGCUCCCCUAAGUUACCAACCCCAGUCUAGUGGCCGUUCACAUGGCCACCCAACACCAGGACAAACAUACGGCCCCCCAACACCAGGACCAACAUACGGCCCCCCAACACCAGGACCAACGUACGGACCCCCAACACCAAGACCAUCUUACGGACCCCCAACACCUGGACCAACAUACAGACCCCCAACACCAAGACCAUCAUACGGACCCCCAGUACCAGGACCAACAUACGGUGUCCCCAUCUCUGAGGCUCCUGCUCAUUACAACUUCACUUGGCAAGUAAAGGACGACGCCUCUGGUAACGACUACGGUCACCAGGAGACUCGUGAUGGUGCCAACACCCAGGGCUCCUACUAUGUGCUGCUUCCCGACGGUCGUCUGGAGAGGGUGAACUACACUGUCAACGGUGACUCCGGCUACGUGGCCCAGGUGACCUAUGAAGGUCACACCACAUCCCAGUCCUACACUACACCCCAGAACUACUAUACACCAGCUCCUGCCUACGGCUAAUUUAUCAGGAUCCCAAGGAACGUAUGGCUACCUGGCUUACGAGAGCCACACUGCACCCUAGCCCUACUACACACAAACUUCGGUCUAUGGCUAACUCAACUGUCA